AUGGAACGGCACCAGACCAAACUCACCAGACUCAGCACCGACCAAAUGAAGAGACUUAUGAUGCACAAACUAGGGGAUGAGGUCUCCGGUGCGAGCCAGGGCUGCCUACAGGGGGGCUGUCUGACCUGCUCCGACUACAAUGGCUGCCUCUCCUGCAAGCCACGCCUCUUCAUGCACCUGGAGAGGAUGGGGAUGAAGCAGAUCGGCGUGUGCAUGACGUCCUGCCCGCCGGGCUUCUACGGCACGCGCUCGCCCGACAGGAACACGUGCACGAAAUGCCGGCCCGAGUGCGACUCCUGCUUCAACAGGAACUUCUGCACUCGCUGUCGGACGGCCUUCUACCUUCACCUGGGUCGGUGCCAGGACAGCUGUCCAGAGGGCCUGGAGCCCAGUGAGCCACAGGGGGAGUGUGUUCACAAGUGUCCAGCAGAUUGUGAGUCGUGCGCCGGCAGCGCGGUGUGCACUCGCUGCCGGACGGGUCUGUACCAGCUGACGGGCGCCUGCCACCUCUCCUGCCCCGAGGAGUACGAGCCCAGCGACGCACUCAUGGAGUGUACGCCACAAGUGCACUGUGAGGUCGGCCCGUGGGCUGAGUGGAGUGCGUGCACGCGGACGGGCCGGAGGCGGGGCCAGGAGAGGCGGGGCCAGGAGAGCCGAACCCGACCGGUGCUUCUCUCCCCGUCGCCGUUGGGCAGGCCGUGCCCCGACGUCUCCGAGGUCAAGGAGUGCCCGGUGAAGAGACGCCGUUGCCAAGGCCUUGGAAGAAAGCCGGAAUGCCGGGCCGAUAGGCGAAACCAGAACAACCGCAGAGACAAGGAAAACCAGGAGGGUCGGCGGGAGCGGAAGAAGGAGCGGGAGCGGGAGCGGGAGCGGGAACGGGAACGGGAACGGGAACGGGAGCCGGAGCGCGACGGACCCGAGACCCAGAACAAGACGGAGCACCGUCGCCGCAGGGGUCACGGGACAGACCUGUCGUCACCAGGGGACGGCGUUCUCACAGCAGUCUGAGGACCCCUCUCAAACCAAACUCCCUUUUAUUAAAGAGAAAAACCCAUGGACCCCUCAAUGCAGGGGUGCUGCUGCUAUGUCUGUAUGGUUGGAAUAUACUGUUGAUGUAUAUACUAUAUAUUUAGCGGGCGGAGUUCGGCUAAAAAGGCUUGGUUCGCAAAGGACUUCCGAUAAAGAAAUAA